UCUCCUGAGACUGCUACCUUGGACCCGUGCUUUCUCCUUUCCUCCCCCUUCCUAAAGGAGUACCCAUCCCUUCGCCCCACGCCUGGGAGUAGCCUGGGGACUAUAAAGUGAAAAUGGCGCAACAAGAACCAGCAGAUUCUUCUCAAAAUACCAAGCAGUCCAUUAUUUCAGAGGAGUUAAUUUCAGAAGGAAAAUGGGUCAAGCUUGCAAAAACAACUUACAGAGAUCCUACUGGUAAAACAAGAACUUGGGAAACUGUGAAGCGGACAACGAGGAAAGGCCAGUCGGCUGAUGGUGUGGCGGUCAUCCCCUUGCUGCAAAGAACCCUUCACUAUGAAUGCAUCAUUCUGGUGAAGCAGUUCCGACCCCCGAUGCGGGGCUACUGCCUAGAAUUCCCCGCCGGUCUCAUCGAUGAGAACGAAAGCCCGGAAGCAGCUGCUCUUCGGGAGCUCGAGGAAGAAACUGGCUACAAGGGCGACGUUGCUGAAUGUUCCCCAGCUGUCUGUAUGGAUCCAGGCUUGUCAAACUGUACCACACAUAUCGUAACCGUAACUAUCAAUGGAGACGAUGCUGAAAACGUAAGGCCUAAGCCAAAGCCAGGAGAUGGAGAAUUUGUGGAAGUGAUUUCCUUACCAAAGAAUGACCUGCUGAAGAGACUUGAUGAUCUGGUAGCUGAUGAACAUCUGACAGUGGACGCCAGAGUCUAUUCCUACGCUCUGGCUCUGAAACAUGCAAACACGAAGCCGUUUGAAGUGCCCUUCCUGAAGUUUUAAGGCCAAAGGACAGUCGCCGUGUUUCUGUAACCAGGACACAGGCCUCCAACAUUAAGACUUUGUAUUCAGCUUAGCUGCAAUGGAAAUUUGAAAUUAGUUUUUUCAUAAAAUAAAA